AUGCGCGAGCUUGGCGGCGGCUCUGCCUUUGGCAGCCCGCGGAGGCGUCUCGUUCCCAAAAGGGGCUUUUUCGGUUGGGAAGCAGCCGGCGCGGGGAUACACGCGAUUAACGCUGCCUCUUUGCAGACCUCGUCGCUCUCUCCCAGCCCGCUGCUCUCCAGCUGCGCCCCGAGGCUGUGUCCCCUCUCCUUCGGCGAAGGCGUCGAGUUCGACCCCUUGCCGCCCACGGAAAUCAGGUACACGUCCUCGGUGACGUACGCCUCGGAGCAGCACUUCAUCGACGACGUCUACAUGCCCGUGGGCUUCAGCGUGGCCUCCUGCAGCCAGACGGUCGUGUGCGUCCCGAACUGCACGUGGCGCAAUUACAAAGCGGAGCUUCGCUUCGAGCCCCGCCACAAGCCGCGGCGCUUCACCAGCACCACCAUCGUGUACCCCAAGCACGCCAAGACUGUGUACACCACCACCCUGGAUUACAACUGUCGGAAAUCCCUGCGGCGCUUCCUCUCCAGCGUCGAGCUGGACACGGCCGAGUCCCCGGCGGGCGACGGCGUCCUGGACGGCUGCUGA